UUUUGCAUCCGCCGCGCCCUGGCUCCGUUCCGCCGCGCCGGACUCCGGGCCGGGUGUUGCGGCGGCCGGCGGCUGUGGCGGGGACACCGGGGAUGGAGCAGCAGGGCCUGGGCCUGGGCCUCGGGCUCGGCCUGGGGCUCGGGCAGGAGGCCCCGGGGGUCGAGCUCCCUCCGCCCAGCGGCCCGCCCGCCCGCUACUCGCUUUUUCUUGACGACGCGCCCGACUUGCGGGGCCCGGCCGCCGACCCGGAGAUCUUCGUUGUCUUCAACCUGGAGCCCGAGGCGGAGGCCGCGGCCGCAGCCGCCCCACCGGAGCCGGGGCAGGAGCGGCGUCAGACCGAGCCGCGGUUGGAGCCGGACGGCGGCGCUGAGGCGGCGGCAGCCACGGCGGACACCGUCUUUUACCUGAGCUCGGUGCAGGCCGCGGCCGGGACCGACAGGCCUGCGGCUCGAGUAGCUGCCGCGGCGCACCCGCCGGCCGAGCAGGGCGGGGAGGCUGAGCAGACGCUGCCGCCGCCGCCGCCGCCCCCUCCUCCUCCUCCGGGGCCCGGACUCCUGCUGGAGACGCCCGCCGCCCUCGACAACCUGCCCGGGACCUCGCCUGGCGGCCUGGCCGCCACCCUGGGCCUCAGCGGCCGCGACCUGCUUCUGCGCCUGGAGGACGGUCUACUGCUGCUAGCCGCGCCCGAGGCCGGAGCCGGGGGCCCGGCCAAACCCGAGGAAGAGCCCGCGGCGGCGCCGGCCCCGGCUUCGGUUCCUCCGCUAGCGGGAGCCCCGAGCCUGGAGCCUGGGGCCGGGCCGCCGAAGGGCCCCGCGACGCUACACCGCUGCCCCGAGCGGGACUGCCAGCAGGCCUUCGAGAAGAAGCAGAGGCUGCGGCUGCACCUGGUGUCGCACGGGCAGCGGCCGUUCCGCUGCUCGGUGUCGGGCUGCGAGUGGGCCUUCGCCACGGCCUACAAGCUGAAGCGCCACCUGCGCUCGCACGGCAAGCUGCGGCCCUACGGCUGCCAGGCCGAGCGCUGCGGCAAGCGCUUCACCACCGUCUACAACCUCCGGGCCCACAUGAAGGCCCACGCCCGGGAGCCCGCCUUCGCCUGCGACGUCUGCUCACAGCCCUUCGCCACCGCGCCCAGGCUCAGCAGCCACCGGCGCUGCCACUUCGAGCCGCAGCGGCCCUUCAAGUGUGACUUCCCCGGCUGUGAGAAAACGUUCAUUACUGUCAGUGCACUGGGCUCACACAACCGUUCGCACUUCCGUGACCAGGAACACUUCAGCUGCUCUUUCCCGGGCUGUGACAAGCGCUAUGACAAAGCCUGUCGCUUGAAGAUUCACCUCAGGAGCCACACAGGUGAGAGGCCCUUUAUCUGCGACUUUGAUGGCUGUGGCUGGUCAUUCACCUGCAUGUCCAAGCUACUCCGGCACAAAAGGACCCACGAAGAUGACCGGAGGUUUGUCUGUCCUGUGGAUGGCUGUGGGAAAUCAUUCACCAGGGCCGAACAUCUGAAAGGACACAGCAUCACCCACCUUGGCACCAGACCGUUUGUUUGUCCUGUCGAUGGUUGUGAGGCCCGAUUCUCGGCACGCAGCAGUCUCUACAUCCACUCCAAAAAGCACCUGGAGGAUGCGGACAAGGUGAAAACCCGCUGCCCUCUUUCCAACUGCAGCAAGCUCUUCAACUCCAAGAAUAGCAUCAAGGCUCACAUGAUGAAACAGCACAACAUCAGCCCUGAUCUGUUGUCCCAGCUGGAACUGACCGGCUCCCUGACCCCGAGCAAUGAGCUGACCAGUUCGAGCCAGAAUGACCUCAGCAACGUGGACAUCGCCUCGCUGUUCUCUGCCGUGCCCGUCGCUCCGGUCAGCAUCUCGCCGGACAUGUCGCUGGUCAGCUCGGGGAUCCUGACCAUUGAUGCCUCGUCUGUGGGUUCCACCCUGGGUGGCAACGUCUCCGUCAGCAACAGUGCCAUGGCUCAGAGCACCGACCCCCUCAUCGUGGCUGCGCCGGACAUGUCGCACACGAUGGACGGUGGCCUUGGGCUCCCCGCCGGCAUCCUGCAGCAGGGCACGCUGAACAUGGAGGGUGUGCAGGCGGUCAGUACAGAGGCUCUGGGAGCUUUGUCGAUGAGGGGGCCCAGUGGCUGCCAGGAGCUCCAGGGCUUAUCAUCAAGCGGAGCCCUGAGCCCCUCCAGCUGCCUGGGGAACAGCCACAUCCCUGAACUGCUGACUCCCACUAAGGUGGAGUGUCACAUGCUGAGCGUGUCUGACGUGAUGAGUCAGCAGGAGGGCAACAAAGUGGUCGCCCAGUACGUCUUCUCCAACUUAAACACCCCAACUAGCACCUUCAACGCACAGAAAGAGCUGGAGCUGAACAUGGUGUCUGGGUGCUCCUUUCUGGAAAGUGGGGGCUCGGCACGGACUGACUAUCGAGCAAUACAGCUUGCUAAGAAGAGGAAACAGAAGGGAGUGGGGGCCAGCCCAGAGGGUUCUGGCUGUACCAACCAAAGAAAGAAAUCCUGCAGAGGACCGGCCACGACGUCGGCUGCUGUGAGCCAGCCCAGCCGGUUUGGGAACCUGAUGAUGCCUCCCAGUGCCCUGGCCGUGCGUGAGCCCAACAUGACAGCUCACUACGUCCAGCCGCAGCUCCUCCAGGACGACCCAACUGGAGACGGGGAUCUGGCCUUCCAGCUGACGGCACAGUCUUCAACCUCGCAUGCACAGCUCACCGUCGAUCUUCCAGUGAACAUCCUGCAGGAAUCUAACCCUUCGGCUGAAGAUGACGGUUCCAGCAAUUCCCAGUUUACAGGGAGCACUAUAAACCUGCAGGACUUGGAGUAGCGUCGCUGGUGAGCCCAGCGGGGAUUCUGCGACUCCUCAGAAGAUGUCUACUCACUCUGCAGUGUGAUCUGGUACAGGAGCCUGUGGGUCUAACCAUGCAUCUGGACCUGGGGCCAGGACCCUGCAACCAGGAAACAGUAAGUCAAGUGCAAAGGGUUUGAAUGCUUGUGGGAUGACAGGCCUCGAUUCUGCACCACAAUCCUGGAGAGGAGAGUGGAACUGUGAGCCGAGGAUAUCCAGUCCCCGGAAGGGGGACAGCACCAGCAGGAAUAACUGCUGCAACUGGAGAGCCGAAAGACAACAGUCCAGUCAGUGACUCCACUUGUAGGGAAUAUGGAGGGUCACAGGGGGUGGUGGGGGCUGUGUAGUGUGCUACUCUGAGAGAGCGCACACACAAGCUGCGAAUCACUGCUGUCUUCUCUCCUUUCCCCAAGCACAGCCAGGUUGUAAACAGUUACACUCACCUGGACAACAUGACUCAAAAGUAUCUCUCAAGCACUGAGCAACGGACUGUACGUGGAUUCUUGACAUCUGCCUUAAAGGAGGUUGUUGAAGAGCAGCUGGGAGUACGAUGUCAUGUCAGAGCAAGUGUCUGUGGAUCAAGUCUGAUUUCUGCUGUCAGAUCAAAAAGAAAUUAACUGUUCCAUCACCCUCGAACGAUGUGCUACUCAGAUCCUCAGAGAUGGAGCCAUUCAAUUCUGAGUCUGUCCCACAAAAGCAGGAGAGAUUGUGGAACAACUGUUCUCUGAUUACAUCCCUGUGUGAUGGAGUGCAGCUCGGAUGGUAGUCAGUCAUUCGCGCCUGGUUCUGGGUAGCCAUUGGAUUGACAUCAUCAGCGUGUGUUUCUUUUUGAGGGUGAGGGCUCAGUCACUGCAAACCUUUCAUUUAAAUAUGUAUAUUUUUAAGAAGUUUUAUAUUGUAUAGUAUGUAUAUUUAUUUAUUUUGUACAUUUCUAAGGAAUAUUUGUUGACUGGGGAGGACCUUGAGCAAAUGGCAAACGGUGAACGUGCAUAUCUCUGAAAUACAGGCAGUGAGGAGGAAGGUGGCUGUGUACCUUCACAGGGUACUAAAUCUCAGCAAGACCACAAACUGCCUCUGACAACUUCAAAUUUUUGCAUCAAAACUGUUGGGGUGGGUGGGGAGGGGAGGUGUGACACAUUGAUUCUUGCACUGACAGUUCAAAGAUUAAAACAGUUUUAACAGUCUGGUUACCACUUACAAUUUUCAGACUUUACUUUGUUAAGGAUUUGUCUGCUAAGGGUUAAAGCAUUAUGACCCAAGCUCCAGUUCAGCUGAAUUGUAUUAAAAAAUAAAUAGAAUUUCAGCAUUUGCC